GAGUGUGGUUCCGGUGGGGUCGAUCACCGGUGAGUGCGUGCCUUUACGCCGCUAUUUUAAACUUACUCGCGUGCUUACCGAACGCGUUACGCGCCAAAAAUUAUUCUAUAUUCAAAUUUCGGGAAUAGACAAAAAAAGUUUGUUUAUUUUUUUUAUUGUGAAAGUGAUAAUGGACGAAAGAUGAAAGAAAAAUUAACAGAAAAACAACGAUAUCUAGUGGUAAUUAAGUAAACAAAACCUGCGUUCAGAAAUAAUUAGAGCAUUUUGUGAAAUGUUGUGAAGUUAGGAUACGUUACGACAAUGAAGAAUAUUAACAGUAACUGUUUUGUGCGAGUUUUUCUAUUUUUUAUGAGUGCAAUUAGUGUUGAUGCAGUACAAAGAUUCGUCGAAUUUCCCACGUACACAGAAGUAAAUCCAGGUGAAGAUGCUUUACUCACUUGUCGAAUCUCAGACAAGAAAGGAGUAUGUUCUUGGCAAAAGGAUAAUAAGCCUGUCGGUAUCUACAGAGGCAAGUACGAAUGGGCGAACGAGCACAGUCCCGUGGGUGGAGACUGCUCCCUCUGGGUGAGAGCGGCAACUCUUCAGCUCGACGAUGGGCAGUGGCAGUGCCAAGUCACAGCCAGCAACUAUGAUGUGCAGGAUGCUCUAUCUAGUCCACCCGCAGCGCUAGCAGUUCGGGUGCCACCACAAACGCCUAGGAUCCUAUUCAAUGGAUCCCAUGUGUUGCCAGGACAGAAUAUAACUGUCCCUUCUGGUUCGAGAGCUACUGUGGUGUGUGAAGCGCGAUAUGGCAACCCGCCGGCGUAUAUUGAGUGGUAUUUAGACAAAGAACGUCUAACAGCAUGGAGCCAAACCAACGCAUCAGAAGUAGAGCGACCUCGUGUAUGGGCAGCUAGAUCUGUACUAGAGCUUGGUGCUACAAGAUCAGCUCAUGGGAGGCAGCUGGCCUGCAGGUCGCACCAUCCGUCGUACCCAUCGCCGUACUAUAGGGACUCGUACACCAUGCUUGAUGUUACUUUUGUACCAGUAGUAUCAAUAGUGGGAUCUGAUGCGAGUAGUCUAUCAAGUCUCGAAGAAGGUUCCAGUGCUCUUACCUUGGAGUGCAGGGCGGAUGGAAACCCUAGUCCUUAUGUAUGGUGGACCAAAGAUGGCCAGGUCAUCGCUACAAAUGGUCCCAGGCUUAUACGAGCACCGGUUUAUAGAAAUCAUUCGGGUAUCUAUGGGUGUCAAGCUAGAAAUUCAUUGGGCACUUCGGAAGCUGUUAAAAUAGAAAUCGAUGUAAAAUAUCCGCCGCGCGUGAUAUGGGUCGGGCCGGACACGGUGGUUGAAGCCAAUCUGUUCACUCAAGUGACUUUGGAGUGUAAGGCUGAGGGGAACCCGCCGCCUAGCUACCAGUGGUAUCAUAACCCAACACCCUCUAUGACUGCGCAUCCAGAUGAAGGCUAUCCAAUCUCGUCCACACCGCAGUUACAAUUACAUAAUGUAUCGUACACCCAACACGGAAGGUACACCUGUGUGGCCAUCAAUCAGAUCGGGCUUGAAGAAAGAACCCACCAAUCGGAAGCGAUAACACUCAACGUGCUGGGCCCACCGGUGGGCGCGGAGACAGGCACAGCGCACGCGUGGAGCGGCGGCGAGGCGAAGGUGCAGGCGACCGUGUGUGCUGAUCCGCCGCCAAGACGAGCGGCUUGGUUGUGGGGCAGCUUGCGGCUGGAUGUGCCAUCUUCUAUUGGUCGAUACAAAGCGAUCGACGCAUCAAGCGUGAACGGCUGCUACCGCUACACUCUCACCGUGAGCGGCGUGAGCGUGUCGGACGCGCGAGUGUACGUGCUGCACGUAGAGAACGAGCGCGGCUUCUCGUCGCACGCUGUGUCGCUCACUGUACACGAUAAUUUUUCGCUAACAGAGACCGCGCACGUGGCUCCGCUCAUAGUGGCCGCUCUGGUUAUAGCGGCUCUGUUGGUUAUUGUCCUGUGUCUUAUUCUGCGGUGCAGGCGAAGACGGGAAAGCGUCGAGUACAAAACGGAUGAAUUAGAUAGCGAGAAGACAGUGCUACCCGCGGACGCAGUGUACGCGCCGCGCGAGGUGGCCCGGCCGCGCGAGCGGGACCCGCGCUACUCGCCCGCCGCGCUGCAGGUGCGCCGCGCCGCCGUGGUGCUGCAGCCCCCCACCACCGUGUGAACUGUGUCUGCACAGGCAGCUUUAUCGUCGCUGGAAAAAGAAGCCAAAGAAAACGUAUAUGCGGUACUAGACCCGCACAUACAAUAUGAGUUAAUGAUAAACAAGCACGGCGAACCGCCUAAGUAUUUAUCGCUGUCUAAGCCUCUAACUCACCAAAGAACGCACGCCUUUGACCCGCAAACUUUUAAACAAAAUGAAAUUAACAAUAACGAUAUUAUGUUCACCACUUUCAAACAAGAACCGCCCAAAGUUAGACGGUCCGACAGAAGCAGCAAAAGAAGCAGUAGAAAUAAAAACAAUUUUGUUUCCAACACCAAUUUUGAUAUUGAAUAUUCGAGAGAUCCUUUCUUCGGAAAAGUUAGAUCAACAGAACACAAUGAUGCUUUGGGAACUAAUAAAUUACGUAGAAGCAAUAAGAAUGUGUACGAAAAAAAUAACUCUAGAAGAAACGUUAAUAAUGCACCAGAUAAACUUACUGAUAUCAUUAAUAAGGAAGAAGUGCGUAGAACUUCGCAAAGGAAGAAAGAAUACAUAGUAGAUAAUAAUAUAAAUGAAAAGGAGCGCUCGUUUGAAGACUUAAAAGAGGAACCGAGAGUACAAUGUAGAAAUAUUGAAGAUGAGCAUAUGCCUCGACCAGGGAAAGUAAAAGAAAUCGCAUCACGAUUCGACAAGCACAGCAUUAAUGAUUUUAAAUAUUUGAAUAUUAAAAACGAGAGACCUAAGCCUUUACAAAGUUUUUGUGAUCAAAAGUACUUAGACCAUGUGUUCCCAGAUGCUGUAGAAAUUUAAGUUUAUCGUGUGUGAGAUGUAAAUUUAAUUAGAUCUCUUAGUGUAUAGCAUGAAUGCGAGUGUGAAGACAAAAAGUUCUCUUUCUAUUUAUUAGUGACGCUUUCUAUAAGACUUCAUAUCUUAAGCUACUAUAUUGGAUCGGAUAUAUAUCAAUGCCAUACUUAUAAAAUUUUGAUAUCGUAGAAAUUUUAAGAACUACUGAGCGUUCAUGACAAUUUUAAACUAAGCACAAAUUCGUUUACAAAUUUUCUGCUUAUACAUAUUGUACUUAACUGAUAAAGAUAGUUUCUUCCAUUUACUUUAACUUAUAUAUUAUGUUUAUGUUUUGUUAUUUAGCUCUUAUGUGUAUAGCUCUAUUUUAACUUUCGUGCCGGUAUGUUUUGUAUUGUUGAAUUUUAACAGUAUUAAAAUUUUAAUUGAUAAA